CAGAGCAGCUCGGUGUUUCGCAGCGGAGAGGACGACUCACAGGAUUUUUCUGGGGCUCCGGCAAAGAAGCAGACUGUUCUCAGCUGGAGGAUAAUCAAAGAGUCCAUAUCCGCUUGCUGCUGCGCCUGAAGAUACAUUCGUCUCACACGUAGGUUGUUUGUGUACAACAAAUUGAGUGCAGACAAGGCUGUGCUUGGACCCAGGUCUGUGUGUUAAGCAUGGGAGACCAGAGAUCAGUCCAGCCCCUCCUGCUCCUGCCGCUGCUCCUGCUGCUCUUUGCCAGGCUGUCACAGCUGUGGGCCUUCCCCUUCAGCCCAUCCCUGGACUUGGAUGUCACUCCCAGGACAACUGUCUUCUCCAAAGGUCUGUCGGGCAGUUCUCGCUUCACUGGCUCUUCCCAGAACUACAGCACCCUCCUGCUGGAGGAGGAGUCUGGGCUGCUGUACGUGGGAGGCAGAGGAGCUCUGUACGCGCUCAACACCUCCAACAUCUCCACACCUGCAAACCUCACAAUUGAUUGGGAUGCUUCCCCUGAACAGAAGCGGCAGUGUCUAAACAAAGGCAGAGACAAUCAGACAGAGUGUUACAAUCACAUCCGCUUUCUGCAGCGAUACAAUGAGACUCACCUGUACGUCUGUGGAACAAACGCCUUCAGACCUCUCUGCGCUUACAUAGAUGCAGAGCGGUUCAGCUUCUCCUCUGGCUUUGAGGAAGGCAGAGACAGGUGUCCUUAUGACCCAGCAAAGGGAUACACUGGCCUCCUUGUGGACGGUGAGAUGUUCACGGCCUCUCAGUACGAGUUUCGCAGCUCUCCAGAUGUGCGCAGGAACUUCCCCUUUCCCAUGCUCAGGACAGAGGAGGCCCCCACCCGGUGGCUUCUGGAGGCAGAUUUUGUGGGUUCUGUGCUGCUAAAGGAGAGCAUCAACAGCUCCAUCGGUGACGACGACAAGAUUUACUUCUUCUUCACGGAGAGAAGCCAGGAGCAGAUUGCCUACCCGAGCCAGACAAAGGUGUCCAGGGUUGCCCGAGUCUGCAAGACUGACUGGGGUGGCCAGAGGACCCUGCAGAGGAAGUGGACCACCUUCCUCAAGGCCAGAAUGGUGUGCUCUGUCCCGGAGUACGAGCUGCACCUCAAUAUCCUGCGCAGUGUGUUUGUCCUGCAGGGUCGGGACGCUCAAAGCAGCAUUUUCUAUGGCAUCUUUGGCCUGGAAUGGAAGAAUAUCAAAGCUUCUGCUGUCUGCCAGUACGCCUUCUCAGAUGUACAGAAGGUUUUCGAGGGGCCGUUCAUGGAGGUGCAGGACUCAAAGUGGAGGGAGUUCACAGGGAAGGUACCAGAGCCAAGACCUGGAUCUUGUAUAACAGAUGGGCACAGAUCGCAGGGCAUCAACUCAUCUCGAGACCUCCCAGACAACGUGCUCACUUUCGCCAGAAGGCACCCACUGAUGGCCGGCCAGGUGCACCCAAUAGGGGUGCGCCCUCUCUUGUUCAAGAGGAGCGUCAACUAUGUCAAGCUGGCUGUCCACAAGGAGCCGGCACUGGAUGGAAACAUUUACACUGUCCUGUUUUUGGGAACCGAUGAUGGGUGGUUGCACAGAGCUGUAGACAUCAAUGGAGAAACACACAUCAUUGAAGAGCUGCAGUUGUUUGAUAGACAGCAGCCCAUCGAGAGCAUGGUCAUAUCCCCAGCUCUGCGGAGCAUCUAUGUCGGCUCCCACUCUGGGGUCGUGCAGGUGCCGAUGUCGACCUGUCAGAGAUACACUUCCUGUUAUGACUGUGUAUUCGCCAGAGAUCCGUUCUGUGGCUGGGACGGGAGGGUGUGUGUAGAAAUAUCUUCACGUGCACAGAGGUUAAACCUAACCCAGGACAUCCUGGAAGGGGUCAAAGGCUGCAAGGAGAAUUCAGGAAAUGUGGUCCAUCGGAGGCGUUCUGUGAUGUCCGGUGACGAUGUACUACUACAGUGUGAGCUACGCUCCAACCUGGCGACUCCACGCUGGACUCUAAAUGGCAAAGAACUCCAGGGAUACGACCUCAAUUCGGGCUACCGCAUCGGCACAGAUGGCCUCCUCAUAAUAGGAGCUCGUGCCCAACAGAGUGGGUCUUACCGCUGCUUUGCUGUCGAGAACUCAGUCUCAGUCUUGGUUUAUCUUUACACCGUCAGGGUGCACACUGACCCGUAUUUCCCUGUGGAGCCCACAGCCACAACUUACCCCACUACAGUUUCCAGCCCAACUGUUUUCUCCACCAGCAGCCCCACUGAGCAGCCUCUGCCCUCACCUCCUGCCCCGCUCCCUCCAGGACCUGAGUUCCAGACCUAUCGACACAUGGAGGCUGUGUACAUCUCUCUGGUGGCGGUUCUUGGAGGGCUUUGCUUGGUGCUGACUGUGGUGCUGCUUUAUGUGAGCUUCUGCACCAGACGGGCCUCUCGGGACCGAAAGUUCUCUCAGCAAGGGCUGCAGGUCUUGGGAGCCUCUGAGAGAAAAAGGAGCUCCCAUCUUGAGCUUAAAACCAUCUCCAGCCACUGCAAUGGCCGCCAGGGUCGCCGGUCCAUCUCGCUGACAACCUUCGGGGACAUAGGCGACGGGUUCCUUCAGAUAGUUCCAGGUGAGGGCCAGAUGUCUCCAACAAAAACACCUCCCCCAGCCCCUCCUCUUCCAAUGCCACCUCCACUUCCCAACAUGGACUACGCCAACGGGCUGUCGGCCACCCUGCCCAGCGUGCUGAGGAAGAUGAACGGGAACAGCUACGUGCUGCUGAGGCAGGCCGACGCCGAGGGCAUGUCGCCACUCUACCACUCCUUCACAGAGGAGCUCAACAGGAUCCUGGAGAAGAGGAAACACACACAGCUGGACCUGCAGCCUGAUGAGAGCUCUAUCUAGGACGCCCCCCUCGGUCUUUGUCCCACAGUUAUUUAUUUGUGCCCCAACUGUGACCCGUAGUUGUGGGUAGAACUGACUGUAUCAAACGCUGCUGUUAUUUAUCCAGUGUCAGAGUACCUGCAGGUUGCGCCCUAACCUGAAACGUUCAGCCUCCUGUGUCUCCCGUGACAAGUGGCCCAUGAUUUCACUUCAACAAUGGACGACACUAACCAGAGACUGCUAUUCAAAAGGUGAAGCUGUGAAAAAUUUGGCCAAAGACUGCACUGUUACAUAAGAAAUUAGCAUGAGUAGGGAGCUUAAUGACGCUACCUCAGUGUAGACUCUCUUGAGGCUUGUGAAAGACGAUCAGUCAGAUAACACAAAAGGCAAAGGUGCAAAAUGGGACAUGGGUAAAAAAAGAAAGGAAAAAAUAAGGCCAAGAGGUGGUCGUGUAUUUUUGAGACUACUGAAGUGUUCAGGAAGUCUUUAGUGCCAUGUAAUAUUAGCCCUCUGUGUCAUAUGAGGAUGUUCCUGUUUGCCCAUGAGUUUGUUGUGGUUCCCUGGUCCUGGGGGAGAACAGGUUUGAGUCCUUCUAGUCAGAUGGUCAAAGCAGUUUGAUUUGGCUGGUUUUCUCUUGAUGUUGGCAGUUCAGGGCAGUUGUGGGCAAAAAAGGAUGGAAAGCACAGUCCAAAACAACAAAACAAGUAAUUAACUCUAACUUCGGAAUGAAUUGGCUUGCCAUCUCAUCCGACCUCCAGGUGUGUUGCAUUAGUGGCUGUUAAGGUGGUAUACCCAUCCCCCAUGUCUGACAACCGUGCUGCUGUCCAGUCUCCUCUUACACUAAUCUACCAAAUUCUCCUACUCCUCAAAAACAAUGACAAUAUAUUUUUAUUAACCAAGCUUAAGAGGAAGCAUUGUAUUUAUCCAUAUUUGCACAAAAUGAUUGUGUUUGCCAAAUACUGAGCACAUAGUUGGACAAGCAGAGAAGUGGAUUAGGAUGCAGGAGUAGUUUAUCAUGUUUUGAACCACUUUUUUUCUACAGUGAAAACUGUAAAAAUUGCAAUCUGUCUUAGGGCUUCUCUUAAUGACUCUUUUCAUGAUUGAUUAAUCUGUCAAUUUUUUUUUGCUUUUAGUUUCAAAAAAUAGCUGAAAACCUCUUCAUAAUCUUCUAGUUCAAGCAGAUAUCUUCAAGUUACUUGUUUUGUCUGACCAACAAAAAAAAAGGCAAAUCCUCACAUUUGAGAAGCUGAAACCAGCAAAUGUUUGGGAUUUUGUGCUAUAAAUGACGAUUAAUCAACUAAUUAGAAGAAACUACUUGUCAUUUAACAGCCACCUUUCAAGCCCACAGUGGGUUCCUGUGUGAGCGUCACUUUAAGAAGCCAGUUCUGUUACAGUGCAUGAGGUGUGAAGACAAAUUAUACAUUUCAAUUUAUCCAAACCACCCUCUCCUCGUUUUUCUUUUUUUUCAUGUAAAUAGCAAUAAUUACUUCACUGUUGCAGCUGUUAGUAGCUUGGUGUGGUGCCAGUCCUUAUGGAAGCACCUGUAGCAAAUUGUCCUACACAAUUUGGAUUUUUUCUUUCUUAGUGUCUUUCUGUUUUUAGCAUCAAUGUGAGAAAGGCCAUAGAGCUGUAUGCACGGCACUGUGAGCGGUCUAUUAGAGGAGCAGUGAGUUUGUGGUCAGGUUGAUUGAAUUCACUGAAGACCACAGAUUGGCUUCAGGGCUGAAGAGGCUGAGAGGAAACCAGACACAGAUUUGUGUUUGUCCUCUGCAGUGAAAAGGCAGCUGGUGUCAAGUUUCCAAAUCAGAGUAGAGAGGACGUUCACACAUGCAACGCACAAAAGCAUCCUCAGCGUUUACCUGACAUCCGAGCAAUGCCAAAAUAACACAAACUGCAGAGCCUACAGUAUUCCUUUGGCAAGAUGAACAGCGCUGUGAUUAAAUAGUACAUGUAUAACUUAGAGAGAAGUGACUGAAAUGAAUCUCUGAGUAGUUUGUAAACGUGUCACGGUCAGUGGUAAAUAAAGAUCUGUCUUUCCAGCAAAGUGUUGAAUCAGCUCUUGUAGCCACGGCUCAGCAGCAGCCCUCUCUGGUGGCUCUCGGUGUGCAUCUGUCAGAGCGUCACUGACAGUAACAGCAGUAUUUGGCUCACCUCCAUGACGAGAGGACAUGGGGCUUCUUGUCUGUUUUCAUGCAGCAGUGUCGUCUUUGCAGGUAGAGGCAGACAGAAAACAUUUGCUCUCCGUGUCCUGGCCAGCCAUGCAGGAAGCAAAUGAUGAUAAAAUGAGGAGCUGUUCUGUGCUUGAACGUUUUCACUCAUCUUCUUGUUUUUCUCAAAAGCCACUUUAUUAUGAACGUUGAUUGACAGAGUAUAGUUUAGCCAGUGCUCUCACUGCAGACAGGCAAAUGUACUGGUUUAUACAUGUACAGAAAACUCAAGCCCUCUGUAUGCCUCAAACAAAGUACUUACCUGGUUGCAUGCUUGCAUAUGAGGCUCUUUUUUUUCCAGUCUUUGCACAGCAAAUCUUGUCACUUUUUGUGUGCACAGCUGAGUGCAGCACCAUGAAUAUCGUUGAGGAGAGACUGUUCAAAAGUGUGCACCUUUAUCCCCUUUUGUACGCAGGAAUUUUGACCAUUCGGUACAGAUAUAAACUCUUUGCGUUUAGCCUUGGUCAGGCGACACGUUACCCAGUUGUUUUUAAGUAUACUGAAACUGAAGCUCCACUUCUGCUCAUCAUGUUUACUGAUUCUUUUCAAUCUGGCCCUGUGAUGUUGUGCCAAGCAUCAGUCUCGCUUUUAUACAAACAGGGGAAAGAUCUGACUCUGAGUCUGAGUGUGGCAGGUAAAGGCAAAAGUAUUCACUUAGCAUUUGUUCCGCCAGUCAUUAUUUCAAGAUAUAAGACAGGAUUUAUUGAAUUACAAAUAGAUAUUUUUUUUAAGAUAAGCUUUUUUAAUGUUUUAUAUACAAGUUUCACCACUUGACUGCCAUAAAUAACCCAGAUGCAGGUGUAGUGGGCUUCCUGAUUUCAAACCCUAAAUCUGAUGUUGGAAAUAAUGUUUUGAUAAAUUGGCUAAAGUUGCUACAUUAUUAACCGUAUGUCUGUGUACAAUCCAAUAACAGUUGAUCUAACUGAGGCAUUGCUGUCCACUUUCACUGUUGCUCAUUGUCUUUGUGUGGGAAUCAAAAAAAUGGGCAUUAUGAUGGAUGGUAUUAAACAGAAAAUGGCACUACAUACUCAUGACCUGCUUUACAUAGUAGACCCCAAUAAAGCAAUAUCACAGGUACUGGACUCAUGCACUUACCUGAAUAUUAAUUGAUUGUAGGAAUUAAUUAAUGCAGCCACCCAAAUUUUCCUACUUCAUAUACUAUUAACAUUUAGAUGUUUUUUUUCUUGGAAAAGUGUUAUUGUGGUGGUUGUUUCUUACCUUGACCUUGCCUUGCCUUCACACCUUCACCUGACCUACAGGUGCUGGUUGUCCAUGCAGAGAAUGGAUUAUGAUACAGAUGAACAUGUUGGCAGAAGCUAUUUGCACUUGCAUGUUUUCAGCUUUCUUCUUGUCGGCUUCUUUAGCCUUUUCUCUUAUGUUCAUCCCCAUCUUCAUUCCUCCCCUCUCUUCCCCUCUGCUGUCUCUUUUGUUUCCCUGUCUCAUCACCCCAGCAUGACAGCGUCAUCUAUUAGUCUCUCUGCUCACAUUCACUCUCAAGGACCUUGCUGAGUUUACAAAUGGCCAUGAUGGCCCCUAAUCAAUUAGAGCCAGUUUUCAAAGAGCUCUUGAGUUUGUGUUGGCGAAGGCAGCGAUUUGAGCAACAAUGGGAUUUUCUGCAUUAGUUUAACAUUAGAGAUACAAUAAAUCUGUGUCCCUAAAUUUGAAUAUUUUCACAGUGCUCAGAGAGACUGACCAGGAUUGAUCAAAUCUUCUGAUCCAAGCUAAUUUAUAGGUGUCAUUCACUGGAAGUGUUUUUGCUGGAUUAUAUUUUAUUGGAAGUUUAAAAUUUGUAAAAUGAUUGCAAUUUCUACUGAGUUCAACAUGUUGCUGUACUCAGUCCUGUGUUACAUAAAAGCUCCCAUAAUCGAGUUCUCUCAUCCUCAAGUUCUGGACAAUCCUCAACAUGUUGGAAGCUUGAUCUGAAUCUGUGACCAUUACUGCUGCUGCUUAUUCGUUCUCAUUCACGGACAAUGUGUUUACAAUAGACAGUGGGUCUGAACUGUAGUCUGUACUAUGGACUUUAGGUAAAAAUAGCUAACGUAUUGGCUACAAGUUUUACAUGCAUCUUGUUUCUGUACACAGAUCCACCGUGAAGCACUUGUUUUUGCAAAUUCAGUAACAGUUAUUACACCCUGCUGAUCCAAUAUGCAAGCUACAGUAUAUUUUAUGUAGAUGUAGAUUAUUUCUCUAAGUGUUGGCCAAAGAAACUGAUGUAAAGAGUUCACAAUUUGCACUGUUCUUACAUAAAUACUUUGUAGUAUACCCCUGUGAACUGUGACACUUUCCAUCAAGUUGGCGCUGUAUGAUUUUCUGAUGUAGAUAAUGAACCUACCUGUGUUUUUUUUUUCUUUUUUUGUGGAGUUUCUUGUCUUAUUUAUUUGAAUUCAUUAAAUUUUCACUGGCUUUUAUGCAGAUAACAAACGCUUUGCAUUAUCUUCAGCUUGGGGAAAAACAUGUUCAUUUUCAACAGCCCUGAGUCAGGAAAUGUGCAAAACACAUUCA